UGGAAAGGCGGCGCGCUCCACUUAAAGGAGCCCGUUGUCCUGCGCUGUGAUGUUGUGUCGCAGAUUUUAAAAAGUGGGGGAGGCAGGCAGCUGGAGUUUAGAGUGAGGGAGGCGCAGAGACUCAGCGUUUCCAAGCAAGUGUUCUCACCUGGAGCAAAAAAAACAAGCUGGAACAUAAGAGUUUUCGUUUUUGUUUUUGUCUUUCCGUCCCCUUAGAUCAAGGCUAUUUUUUUUCCUGUACAGCUGCAGGGACACAAUUCGCGUCUUCUUUGGAGCGUGUGGAGCAGCGUGCGUGAUGGAGCUGUCUUCAGUGGGAGACCAAGUGUUCGCUGUGGAGUCUAUCACCAAGAAGAGAGUGAGAAAGGGUAAUGUGGAGUAUCUCCUGAAAUGGCAGGGAUGGUCCCCAAAGUACAGUACUUGGGAACCAGAGGACAACAUUUUGGACCCGCGCCUGGUCCUGGCCUAUGAAGAGAAUCAGGAGAAGAUCAGAGCGCUGGCCUACCGGCGGAAAGGUCUCCGUCCCAGGAGGCUUGUCCUGCGGAACAUUUUCGCCAUGGACCUCCGCAGUGCAAACAAGGUCUCGGAGAAGCCCCCGCCUCGAUUGCGUCUCUCCCUCACUCGCGCCAUGAGUACGGACGUGGACCAGGGCGAGCGGGGCAGCCUGUACCGCCGUCUAGCCAGAAGGAAGAUCAAGCAGAGGCUGUCCAAACGAGGCCAGCAGGGCCCCACCAACAAAACCCUCUUUCCGCGGAGGAAGAAAGAGGAGCCCAUGGAGGAGGACUGGGGCACCAGUGAAGAAGAAAAACAGGAAUCUGAGAGCACCGCCGAGGAGAUACGUCUGUCCGAGUGCAGCUCCCCACCCUUGCUGGAGCGACAGGACUUGGUGAUGGAGUUGGAGGAGAAGGCGGACGCCGACCUGACAGUGGUAGGUGCACAAACAUGGACAGACAGACCAGGCGGGGGGACAUCUGAAACCAUACAGAACCAAAUGUUUGCGCGCGACCAAUCAGAAGCCAGUGCCUCAGCACCAGAGGCCGUACCGAAGGAUGAGGUUUCCGCGGGCGACGGGUCGGAUUGGGACAGAGAGGAGGAGGAGGAUGUGGAGUCAGGGUCGGAGUGUCACAUGAUAGGGAGUGGUGUUUCUCAGAGCAACGACAUGACCUCGGUGAUAGUGAGCGCUGAGAAGAGCAGCGAGACCGCAGGUGACUGCGGCGCUACAGAGGAGACGAAGGUGGAAGUUAGGGGCGGCAAUCAGGGUGUCACCAUGACAACACCAGGUGGUCAGAGGUCUCCUGUUGCAGUACCACAUCCCAAGAACGUGAUAUCCACAGACGUGACUGUCAACUUUCUGACAGUGACUUUUAAAGAAGCCUCGGUGGCUGAAGGCUUCUUUAAAGGCUAUUGAAUGAUGAGAAAGAGAGAUCGAAAUAACCAUGAUUAGACUUGCCACUCAUUUUGUACAUGUAAAUAGUUGUGUAUGUUAGGUAAUUUCUCAUGUUUACAAAGCUACACUCAUAACCUACUGAGUUCAGUGAAGACAUUGUUGCCUUUUAAACAAAAAAACGAGUGGUCAUUUUAUCAUUGUGGCUCAUUUAGUUAAGGGUGAGAGGAAGCCAGAGGCCCCACAUGAAAGUCCUCAAAUGAUCCAUUCAAUCCAGCAGACUAAAGGGUUUGUCAGGGGCAGGUUUUUAUUCCCCCGGGGUCACUGGGUUCACUGAGAGCAGGAGACUCAUGCUGACCCAGCAAACGUAACACUCCACAUUAUUACUUCCAUGCAGCUAUUUUCUCCAGACGUCCUCAGUGCUUUCCAGCCACAGAUCGGUCACACACUCAAAACUGUUCUCGGGGCCUGUUUCAGUUGCUCCUCUUUCUUACGAAUAAUGUUUUGUAAAAAUGUCGCUCUUUUUUCAGUAUUUGCACAGAGAUAGCUGCAUGCCCUGUCAGUCUAUGCCACACAUGCACAAAGCCCUGUCCUGUAGUUUGUUGAAGAGGUUUAUUUCUGUCACAAAAGAAAAGGAGCAAAGAGAAAGAAUUCAUGCCUUCCUGCUUAGAUGAAGUUCUGUAUUUCAAGGAGGCUGGAUGCACAAAAAGAAAUACACAGUUGUGUUUGCCGUCUGUCUGUCCUUUUACUUUUCAAGUAUGAAAUGCUACCUGGUUCUAUUUUUGUAUUACCAAUUGAUAGUCCGCUCUUUUCACUAGCCUUUGUGCGUUUCAAAAGACAAUAUCAGUUUACAGCGCUGCUGUUCUGCUUUGUACAAAUGGAAGCAAAUGUAACUUCGGUCAAACUGUAGUGAGCGAUUAUUUAUUGCAUGUCAUAUGUACGUAUAAGCUAAAGUAAUUUAUGUCACUUAUGUCUUUUUCUGAAUAAGAAACUGUCAAACAUGUCUUCUCUCUAAAAAUGGAUUUUUAUUUUGACUGCAUUUCCAAUAAAUAUGUACAAAAAUAA